CUCUCCACCCACCACUGUCUCCCACGCCACCGCCCUCGUUCCUCUUGGUCUCCUCGGACCGUCAGACUCCUAUAACCCCCUUACUGGUGUUCCUAACCAAAUCUGGUCUCCCCGGAUCCUCUUGUUGGUCUCUAGGACCUCCUCCCUGGGGUCUCGAAACGUUCUUUGGCUUCCAAGAGCGUCCUUCUUGGAGUGCCACUAAGGUCUACUAGGAUAUCGAAGCUCCUGCUGGUGCCUUGUAGCUCAUUCCUGGUGGGGUUCUCAGCCAGCACCUAGCCUCUGACAGGAUGAGGGUUCUGCCUGUUGCAAGAAAAAAACCCAUCAGUCAUCCCAGCACCUAGUCACAGCCGAGCCACCCGUGCAGGUGCAGCCUCAGUAUGGACCCAUGUAUACCAGCCAAGACAAUUCAUCAAACAUGGCUGACGCUGCAACUAUCGCCAAGUUGGAGGAAGGCUUCAAGAAGCUGCAGGCUGCAACUGACUGCAAGUCACUCUUGAAGAAGUACCUCUCUAAGGACAUCUUUGACAGUCUCAAGGCCAAGAAGACAGGCCUUGGUGCCACUCUCCUCGAUGUCAUCCAGUCCGGUGUAGAGAACUUGGACUCUGGCGUGGGUAUCUAUGCUCCAGAUGCCGAGGCCUACUCUCUCUUCUCUCCCCUCUUCGACCCAAUCAUUGAGGACUACCAUAAAGGCUUCAAGCAGACAGACAAGCACCCUGCUAAGGACUUCGGUGAUGUCAACCAGUUCGUAAAUGUGGACCCUGAAGGGAAAUUCGUUAUUUCUACCCGUGUGCGCUGCGGCCGUUCCCUAGAGGGCUACCCCUUUAACCCCUGCCUUACAGAGGCUCAUUACAAGGAGAUGGAAGAGAAGGUUUCUUCCACUCUGUCUGGCCUAGAGGGAGAGCUUAAGGGUACCUACUAUCCCCUCACUGGCAUGACAAAGGAAGUGCAGCAGAAACUUAUCGAUGACCACUUCUUGUUCAAGGAGGGUGACCGCUUCCUUCAGGCUGCCAAUGCUUGCCGUUACUGGCCCACUGGUCGUGGUAUCUACCACAAUGACAAAAAGACCUUCCUUGUCUGGUGCAAUGAGGAGGAUCAUCUCCGCAUUAUCUCUAUGCAGAUGGGUGGUGACUUGGGCCAGGUGUAUCGCCGCCUUGUUACUGCUGUCAAUGACAUUGAAAAGCGUGUUCCCUUCUCUCACCAUGAUCGUCUGGGCUUCCUUACUUUCUGCCCCACCAACUUGGGAACCACUAUUCGUGCCUCCGUCCACAUAAAGCUCCCCAAGCUUGCUGCUAACCGUGAGAAGCUCGAGGAAGUAGCUGCUAGGUACAGCCUCCAGGUUCGCGGUACCCGCGGUGAGCAUACAGAGGCUGAGGGUGGUAUCUAUGACAUUUCUAACAAGCGUCGCAUGGGUCUCACAGAGUACCAGGCUGUUAAGGAGAUGCAGGAUGGUAUCCUCGAGCUCAUUAAGAUUGAGAAGGAGAUGGCUUAAGUAUUUUUACGAAGUAAAGUUCGGCUCUACCCUCUAUGGGUGAGGGCGAGCCGGGCUCUGCUAUGCAGAGGAGCGCCCCAACAUUUUUGGCCCUAUAAGUAGGGGGCUUAGAAGGUUGGGGGCGUGCCGGCUGGAGUGAGUCAGUGUGAAGUCCCGGCUACAUUCCAGGCGACCCGGGGCUCUGUAGCGACCACAGGUCGAGAGACCUUGUACAUAACACCAACACUUAAAAACACUCAUGGGGUAACGCUACACUACAUACUGUUAUCACACGUAUUAUAAAAAUUAAAAUGUUAAAAUUUAA